GGAGACGCAUCCGUACGGAGCUGCCAUCGGUAACGGUGGGAAUAUUCUGCAAUCGUUCACAAGGAUCCAGCUCGAAGAACAAGAUGGAUGAAAUGGAAGAGGAGUUAAAAUGCCCGGUGUGCGGCUCGUUUUUUCGUGAGCCCAUCAUCCUGCCCUGCUCGCAUAAUAUCUGCCUGGCCUGCGCCCGCAACAUCCUGGUGCAAACGCCCGACGCCGAAUCCCCGCAGAGCAGCCGCGCGUCCGGCUCCGGCGUGUCCGAUUAUGAUUACUUAGACCUGGAUAAGAUGAGCCUGUACAGCGAGGCGGACAGCGGCUACGGGUCUUACGGCGGGUUCGUGAGCGCGCCGACCACCCCGUGCCAGAAAUCUCCCAACGGGGUGCGCGUUUUCCCCCCUACCAUCCCUCCUGCGUCCCAAGCGCACCACCACCUGCUGCCCCACACCGGCGUCUUGCCGCCGGUCCCUCGCAAUUCCUGCCUCACCUGUCCGCAGUGCCACCGCAGCCUAACGCUCGACGACAGGGGGCUCCGGGGCUUCCCCAAGAACCGCGUGCUGGAGGGGGUGGUGGACCGGUACCAGCAGAGCAAAGCGGCCGCGCUCAAGUGUCAACUGUGCGAGAAGAACCCCCGCGAGGCGACGGUGAUGUGCGAGCAGUGCGACGUGUUCUAUUGCGACCCGUGCCGCCUCCGUUGCCACCCGCCUCGGGGUCCGCUGGCCAAGCACCGACUAGUGCCGCCGGCGCAGGGCAGGAUCAGCCGCCGCGCGAGUCCACGGAAGAUCUCCACCUGCACCGAGCACGAGCUGGAGAACCUGAGUAUGUACUGCGUGCAGUGUAAGACCCCCGUGUGCUACCAGUGUCUGGAGGACGGCAAACACUCCACUCAUGAAGUCAAAGCUCUGGGGGCGAUGUGGAAACUCCACAAGAUCACAAAUGAAGGUGGAGGUCUCUUGGUGGAUGGUUGUCAUAGCAAUGGCCAGCUCUCUCAAGCAUUAAAUGUUCUGUCUGAUCGGGCCACAGAGGCCAAAGAGUUUCUUGUGCAGCUCAGAAAUAUGGUACAACACAUACAGGAGAAUGGAGUUGAAUUUGAAGCAUGUUUGGUUGCCCAAUGCGAUGCCCUGAUUGAAGCACUCAACCGCAGGAAAGCUCAGCUGCUUAGCAGAGUAACCAAAGAGCACGAGCACAAACUCUCAGUUGUUCGUGAUCAGAUAUCUCACUGCACAGUGAAGCUGAGGCAGACCACAGGACUGAUGGAAUACUGUCUGGAGGUCAUCAAAGAGAACGACCCCAGCGGCUUUCUGCAGAUCUCAGAUGCUCUGAUAAGAAGGGUCCAUAUGACAGAGAAUCAAUGGGGGAAGGGCUCUCUGACCCCUCGCAUGAGCAGUGACUUUGACCUGACACUGGACAGCGGACCCCUGCUGCAGACCAUACACCAGUUAGACUUUGUCCAGAUGAAGGUGCCGGCUGCUCCUAUACUUCAGUUAGAGGAGUGCUGUACUCAAACCAACAGUACUACUCUGUCGUGGAAGCAGCCACCCCUCUCCACCAUCGCUGUAGAUGGAUACAUUUUAGAAUUGGAUGAUGGGAAUGGAGGCCAGUUUAGAGAAGUAUAUGUUGGCACAGAAACUAUCUGCACAGUGGACGGUCUGCACUUCAACAGCACUUAUAAGUCUCGCGUUAAAGCGUUUAACUCCAGCGGAGUUGGCCAGUACAGCAAAACUCUUGUAAUGCAGACAUCAGAGAUGAGUCUACCUUCAUAUGGUUGUACAUUUCUGGCAGCAGUUGCCUGGUUUACCUUUGACCCUGCAUCAGCACACCCUGACAUCAUCUUGUCUAACGACAACCUCACAGUGACGUGUAACAGCUAUGACGACCGUGUCAUCAUGAGCAGCACAGGAUUCUCCCGUGGUGUGCACUACUGGGAGAUGACAAUCGAUCGAUAUGACAACCACCCUGACCCUGCAUUUGGAGUCGCGCGGGUUGACGUGAUGAAAGAUGUGAUGCUGGGGAAGGAUGAUAAAGCCUGGGCCAUGUAUGUGGACAACAAUCGCUCCUGGUUCAUGCAUAACAACUCACACACCAACCGUAUGGAUGGAGGAAUAAGUAAAGGAGCGACUGUGGGUGUGCUCCUGGAUUUCACUCGUGGGAUUCUAUUGUUUUUGAUUAAUGAUGAGCAACAGGGACCCGUUGCCUUCAACACACUAGAGGGCAUGUACUACCCCGCCAUCAGCCUCAACCGCAACGUUCAGGUGACUCUUCAUUCUGGACUGCCUAUUCCGGAUUUUUAUACACCUGGAGAUUCUGAACCUGCAGGCUCAGUCUGCUGAAGAGUCCUUAUACACAACUGAUACACACUCAUACACAAACACACAUUCACAGACAAGUGCACAUGGAUUCAGCUGUGAGUGCUUGGUAAUGGAAAAUGCUGCUGACAGUCAUUAAUGAGUUUUAACGAGGAUUGAGAGUGCUGAAAUGUAAACGGACCUGAUAAAUGUGAGGGUUAGGGUCAGCCUAACCCAAACCUUAACUCUAACCCAGAUGUAUGUGAGGUAAAUUAAUACUGAAAUCAUUUUCCUCUCUUUCUUACUCUUUUUCUAGAUAUUAUUAUUAUUAUUAUUAUUAUCAUUAUUAUUAUUAUUGAUGUUAUCAUUGUUCUUUAAUGGAAAAGGUGCUCAUGGAUGUGAACUCCCAGCUUACUGGAUUUUAACAGAUGUCUGUCUGUUGUUUCAUUAUUAAAUCUUCUGUGAAGUUAAGCUUAGAAAUAAGUUACUGAUGUGUUAGACCUUCGAUGACGCAUUUUUACAUUAAUCUAAAAAAGUUCUGUUGCAUAUAAAGGUGUUCUAAUGGUGACUUUAUAACUGCAGGUUGAAGUGAAGACAGAAACUAGAGUAAAAUGUUUGUGUUCCAUUUUUUACUACAACCUCCGACUGUGUAUUACACCUCAGUUAAUGUUACAUCCUUACUAACCUCGAACACCCAUCACUAAACUCAAACUCUAACCCAAGCCUUUUCCCUGAUUCCAAAUCCUAUUUCAAACCCAAACCUAAUCCCUAAACCCAAACUCUGUUAACCCUGACAUAAACCAGAGGCCGAUUUUAAAGGAAUAGUUCACCCAAAAAUGAAAAUUCUUUCACUCUCAUGCCAUCCCAGAUGUGUAUGACUUUCUUUCUUCUGCAAAACACAAAUGAAGAUU